ACUACCAUAACCAUAACCAUUAAUGUUCUCAAACCAUAAGUAAAAACGUUCUAAUAUAGUUCUCUUUCCGAAAAUGUAUGGAGAAAACAAGAAUUUGGAAUGGUAAUGGUUCUUAACAACCCAUUAUUUGUAAGGUCCGCUUCCAAAAAACCAUAAUACAUAAGGUUAAAACUUUAUCACACAAACGUUCAUGUAAAGUUCCAUAACCAUUUCAGUUGAAGUUUAGCAGGGAUUAUAAACAAUUUAUAACCAUUAUCGGUAAGGUCAUGUGAUGGUUCGCGUUUAUGCGGGAAGCCCUGUGCGUGAAAGACGUGUUUCUUUUAUCCAUCUCGUUAUCAGGUUACAAGCUAAUGAGUUUUUUAUCAUAUGGGUGCUAAACGGGAGAACACCUUGGUAGUAGGCUUUAGUGUGCUGCCGAAGCCACCAGAUGCAUCUGCCGUACAGAAAUUCAUGUACGGUGAGUUGAAACUGGACAUAGCGGACGCCUUAAACAUCCAGUUUCACAAUGUUAGAAACUGUGUCUACGUCGAGAUGGUAGAUGCAGCAACAACCAAGCGCUACUUUGCAUCACACCAUCUAAAACACACUAUGCAGUGUGAGAAAAAAGCUUACAAAAUUCCCGUGUUCGUGGAAGACGAAGCCGUUAACGUGAGAAUCCAUGAUCUCCCUCCGAAAACACCUAGCACGGUGAUUAUAGAAAGUAUGCGACCAUACGGUACUAUUCUUUCCAUCAGCAGAGAAAUGUGGAAGAAUUAUUUUCCCGGCAUCCACAAUGGAGUACGUGUAGUACGGAUGAAGAUCAAACAACUCAUCCCUUCCUAUCUGAUGAUCGACGGUGAGAUAACUUUGAUUACAUAUCGCAAUCAAGCAAAAACCUGCAGGUUCUGUGGACAAAGGGCUCAUCCCCGACAAAAGUGCAAUAGCUCUACAUCACACAUUACUAUCAAUGACCGCAAUGACCCUACAGACGCAGAAAAGGUCACAAACGAUGAAAACAGCGAACAAACAUUACUGGAUACCAAUCAAACCCAAUUUACAAUAGGCGAAACCAGCAAAAACACCCAGCACCAACACUCCGAUGGAAACAAUAGCGCACAAGAAUCGACGGAUAGUGAAUCGGAUGAAUUUCUAACCGUCACCAACAAACGAAGGCUGUCAACGAAACAAAAACACAACAAUGCGAAACGAUAUUUUACGAACCAGGGUUGCCAGAAUAAUGAAUCAGCAGGAAAUGAAAAUUCGAUGGAAGAUAAAGAAGACGAAUUGUCAGUUCCGGACUCACCAGUCAAGACGAGGAGCAAAAAUAAGCAGCUAGGAAGAAAGUGAAAAAAAUUAAUUUGAAUUGACUGUAUUUUCAUAUAUUAUUUUUCAGAGACGAACCAGCCUACGGCUGAAAGUCUCUUUAAUAAAGAAAUAAUAAUAAAAAAAAGUUUACAAAGCAACUUUGUGCAUGCAGCGCACAACACUCGACAAAGAGUGUGCGGUUCUCCCAUUUGCUUCGCACACUUUUCCCAACUUAUCUUUGAGAUAGCAAUCUACACAAUGAGCGAUACCCGGCAAAUCAAUUCGUAGGAAUUUCUUAAGGAUUUGGUAAUGAAAUCAUCAUAAUGCAUAGCUUAGUUCAUAAUGACGCAUUAAAAAUUUUGAAAAUUGAAACAUACACUUUUAAUUACACACAUUAUCUAUUUUGACACCAAGCGAAUGAAUAACGAAAUGCAUAAUUUCAAAAUUUAUACAUCAGUGAUGAGUGAGAGAUACCAAAAACCCAUAUGAACAGAUUCCAUUACUGAAUAAUAAUCAUGCAUAGGAUCCACAGUAGGAUUCUCAAUUACAUGAAAAGACGGCAAUUCGUUAAAUGCUGUCUGAAAAGAUCCCGGUUAAACAAUGUUUUGCAAUAAGAAUGUCUUGCUCGUAGUUCUGCCUGUUUCUUGCAUACUCAUUGUGCUCUUCAACAUCAGUUUGCAAUUGCAAUUUAUGUCGUCGGUAGCAGUGCUGUAAAUUCUCAAAAUCAUUUGAACAUUUUUAUGAAAAUGAGAAAAGUAGCGUUUUAAUAUGCGAUUCCGUGAAUAUUUAUAGGAGUUCGUGAACCGAAUUGUAAGUUUAUAACCUUGUCAUCAUGUAUCAUCAUUGAAAUUAAAAUUAAACCCCAUCAAAAAAUGUUAAUGAUUUUCUCAAAAUGUCAUGUCGUACGUGCUCUAAAAAAUGCUACGGGGCAAGAGGGCCACUCUUAUGGGGCAAAAAGACCAUACACUGAAGUCUUUUUUUUUACACGGUUUUCCACGAUUUACACGGUACGUUUUUAACGAUUUCUCGACAACGAUACAACCUAUCGACUUGAUUCCAAUCACAUUAUCCGUUUCAAGCUAUAGGUAAUCGAAUGGCAUACUUAAAAAAAAAAAUCACAAUUAUUGGUGUAAAUACAGAAAUUUUUAAAAUAUGUCUAUAUGGGCCAUAUCAUGCUUUAAUUACAAAUGGCAUCAAAAUCCGAUUUUUUAAAAACAUUUAAGCAUGCGAAAAAUCAAAAUCUCGUAGGUUUUUUUUACACGGUUUUUUUUUUACACGGUACAUAUCCCCCGUGUAAAAAAAGACCUGAGUGUAUGUCUAAAAUGAAGUGAAACUGAUAAAUGUUCAUUUCUAAACAACAAAUUACUAUUCUUAGGUAUGACAGCAACUGCUUUUAUUGUUUAUUCCACUAAAAUAUUGAUUUAACGAUAUUUGUUUUUAUCCAAAACAUAUAAACCAUUUGCGUCAAAGAAUUCAAAUGAAAACUAUUUUUGAUACUAUUUCAUACAGUUUUUUUUUUCCAAAAUUUCACGAAGACAAUGUAUAUUGGAAACAUAAAUGCCCAAUUGUGAAAAAUGCUUCGCUCAAGGCUUGACGGGGUGUAACUGAUGGCCGCGAACGGUUCCUAGGGAAAGCACUAGACGCGAACAUCCUCCCAGGCAUGGCAGUACAAAACAUUUGUGUUCGGAACUACGUAACCCAUGGAUUGGAUAAUAUCCGUUAAUUAAAAUAUACGUAAAAAAUCUUGGAAAUAUCAGGGAUUUUUGUAAAUUAGACAAGUAAAAGCUUAUGAUCUCGUGAAUGUUUUACUAACUAUAAAAAUCAAUAAGUUGUUACUUUUCUACCUACGUAAACUUUCUUUAGGAUAAAUGAAAAACGUUUGUCUUAGAUUGUUAAUAUGCUUCUCCGUUUUUUUUAAAUAUCAAUAUGAUUUUGUUCUGCAUUGAGUCCAAUCAGUGGCAAUCAUCCACGGCCCAUACAAAUUAAUUUUUGUUUUGUUUGGACAAUUGUCUACGCAGGGGAAGGGGGGUCAAGAAUCCCAAAAAAAUGUCUACGUAGUUAAUGAACAGCCCCUUAUAAAUCCAAAAACAAUGUCUAACCCUGAUUUGCAUCUUGACAUACAUAUAAUAAGGGACUCCGAAUUUAAGAAAAUGUUUUCCACGCGUAGAGUUUAUGAUUACAUGAAUAUAUGAUAAGAAACGGUAGAAACCUACCUUAAAUAAGAAAAGUAGCUAUUAAAAAAUCGUGAACAAUAAAUCCACGGGGUAACGUAAUUUUUAAAGGAGGAGUCUUGCAAAGCGCU